CAGAGCUGUCCAUUACAUUGAAACAUACGUCACAUGUUCUCAUCCUCUACCAAAAGCCACCACAAACACUAACUUUUGUCAAUUGUCAAUCAAUAUAUUCAAUACCCUUUUUUUUGUUUAUUCCCACUAAAUUAUAAUUUUUGCUUUAUAAAAAAAAAUAUCAAACUCUAUAUUUUCUCGAUCUCUUCUCUUCCUCUUAUUUCUCCAAGAUCCCAGACGAAAUGGCUCAGGUUUGUUUUUUUCUCAUUUGAUUUUAAAGUUUGAAUAUGAUUGAUCUCUUCCUCCUAAAUUGGUUUUACUUUUAUAGAAAGUGGUGCUGAAGGUUUUAACCAUGACUGAUGAUAAGACGAAGCAGAAAGCCAUAGAAGCUGCAGCUGAUAUCUUCGGAGUUGAUUCCAUAGCAGCGGAUAUGAAGGAUCAAAAAUUGACGGUGAUCGGUUUGAUGGAUGCGGUUGCGGUGGUGAAGAAGUUGAAGAAGGUUGGUAAAGUCGAUUUGAUAUCGGUUGGACCGGCAAAAGAAGAGAAGAAAGAAGAGAAGAAGGAAGAGAAGAAAGAGGAAAAGAAAGAGGAGAAGAAGGAAGAGCAGAAAGAAGAAGAACCUAAGAAAUAAGUGACUCGAAUUGCUAUUAAAACCCUAAAUUUUUGUCAUAUUGAUUUCACAAUUAGAACGCUGAAUCAUUGAAUAAUUUAAGAUGUAAAAUUAAUUGUUCAAUACAGAUUGUAAUAAAAGCGAAGUAUUUGAAACUUUUAUUCUUGUGGGAACACAA